UAUUUGUGUGAAACAGCAUUGUAAGAGUAGUGGAAGUUAGGAAAUGUACUGCAUUCCAUUUACUCUUGUGAAGCGUGACAGCAUUUACAAUUCAAGCAGGAGUCUAGCGACUGAUGCGGGAAAUAUUUGUUCAUGAAAUAUUAAAACCUCUUAACAGCAUAGAGUAGUAUCUCGAGUCACCUCUAAAGUUGAGGUAUUCCAUAAAAAAAAGAAAACACUUAAUCCAUGGGCAUUUUAAAGCGUCGAAACAUAUCGUUCUCUGUUUAAAUUUCAAAAAAGAUGAUCACAAUCGAUGGCGGAAGAGUGGGGAGAUUUAACUGUUUCUUUUUUCGUGUUCCAUAGCAGCCAUUUGUGAUCAGGACAAGGACACCAUCGUUUCGUCUCAAGUGCCUAUCUCCGUUCAAUUUUUGCAUACUUAUUAUUCAUCAAAUACUAAUCAAGUUAACGAUUUAUGUAAAUCCAUACAUUAAUACACAAACACGUGUUUUAUUUUUAAACUGUAACAAAGAACACUCUUCUUUAUUAGUAAACAGACAUAUCACGAUAACGUGUAAUUCGAAUUUUGUUUGUGCUACACAAGCGUUUUGUAAGCGCUAUCGAAUGUCAGUUUUGUUUUGCAGUAUGAAACUAUAACACACUACAGCAGAAACCGGUAAAUUAGAAAAUAAGUAUUUUGAUUGAAUGAUAAAUAAAUAAAUUAACGAUGGGAUUAGUGGGAUCUGUGAUGAACAGUAAAUUAACAAAGUGUGUAAAAAGGAACUUUACAAUACUCACAGUUGAUUUAACUGCUGCAAUUGGCCUGGUUCAUUUAUGGAACAGAGGAUACAAGUAUCUGCUACCGACCGUGUCCCUAUGUUAUAUUGGUGGAACGUACUUGUACUGUCGCGUCAAGUCUCGGGACAAAAUAUCCCCGAAUCAAGCUAUUAUCAUAAUCGGUUGCGAUUCGGGAUUAGGAUACAGUUUGGCUCUACAUUGUCGACAGCUCGGAGCAACCGUAAUUGCCAGCGUGUUGCAAAUCAAUGGACCCGGUGCUUCGAAGCUACUACAGGAGGGUGUGUUUGUUUACUCCCUCGAUGUUACGAAACCCCAAAAUGUCUCACAUUUCGCCACCUCCGUACAAAUGUUAUUAAGCGAAGAAAAUUUAGAGUUACGAUGUUUGAUCAAUAACGCCGCUGUGAUGAUCUUCGGAGAAUUCGAAUGGCAAACGGACGAGCAGAUCAAAAAUCAAGUGGAAGUGAACUUACUAGGGUCUAUGAGAGUCACUCGAGAACUGAUGCCGAUAAUCCGCGCUCAUUCUAGCAGGAUUAUCGUAAUUUCGAGCCAUUGUAACAUCCAGCCCAUUCCUGGAGUUGCGACUUACAGUGGAACGAAGGCUGGACUCACUGCCUGGGCGAGAGCCCUUAGGUUGGAGGUGAAAAAAUAUGGCGUCAAGGUCGUUUGCUUUAUUCCUGGUUCCUUCAUAGGGGAGAGCAACAUAAUGGCACGCCAAACGGAACACACGCAGGAAAUGUUAGACUCGAUGCCUAAGGAAGCACAAAGCUUUUACGGCGAUUAUUUAAGCAGCUAUUUUCAAUACUUCACGUCCGUGACGCAAGGGUCAAAAUUGGAAAAGCUGCAAGAUUCGCGGAUCUACAAAAUAUUCGAAGGUGCUCUCCUCGACAAGUAUCCAUCAGCGAUUUACAAAAACGAGUCGUGGAGAUAUUUUAUUUACCACGCGUUGUUUGCGAUCACCCCCACGUGUCUCAGCGAUAUGCUGGUCCUGAAAUUUGUUCGAGGACCUCCGUGGAAGGGCCCAGGACCAAUCCAAGAGGAAACACUUGAUCAUUUUAUUUGAAUAUAUAAAACAGAAGCUGAAAAUAAGAAUAAUUGGAGGAUGUAUAUAAAUGUUUUUUACCAAUAAGAAAAUCGCGACCGCACGGACGAAUGUCUUGACUGAACUGCCUUCGAUUAAGAUUGCGAUUGCCAGCCGUCUGAAUGACGAAUAAUCGUUAAUUCCUGGUUAACUCAACACCUGCAUUGGAACACCUGGUUCAAAUGGAAGAAAUCGAUCACACGUGGUUAUCAACAACGAUCUCUCAUUACUGAAGUUCAACAAAUUCGUCAUAGUCUUAGUCGUAUAGACAUUUUUGUUUACAAGAUUUUAUCAUUUAUAAUUACACUUGUACCCUGUUAGAAUUAGAAAAUGAUUUAACUGUAAUGAUAAUUAUUAAA